GCAAGCAUGGUAAGUGAGGCGCAAAGUUGCCUGUUGCACGAUUCUCGAGAGCCAGAUGUACACGAGGUCACACUCGAGGGCCUACCUGAAGUGUCUCACGGAAGUAGAAGGAGAAAGAGCGAUAGCGGAGGUGGACCAAGGCGCCUCCGGCAUGCACUCGGGGGCGAGGAGUCUCGGGAAGGUGUUUUUGCGUCAAGGUUACUACUGGCCUUCCAUCAGAAAGGACGCUAAGAAGCAUGUGGAAAACUGCCACCAAUUCCAGAUUCAUGCCCACGACGUGCAUGCCCCACAAGCGCCUAUGCAAGGCAACGUGGGCGCAUGGCCAUUCUCGCAGUGGGGAUGGAUUUACGAGGGCCCUUCCCUAAGGAGCCCGGGCAGAUUAAGUACCUAAUUGUGGCGGUGGACUACUUCUCAAAGUGGGUGGAGGCGGGACCCUUAGCAACCAUCACUCAGGCUCAAGUCAGGAAGUUUACGACCAGGAACAUCUUCACUCGGUUCGGGCUGCCUGAAUCAAUCGUAACUAACCAUGGUAAGCAGUUCGAUUGCUGCCAAUUCAUCGAGUUAUGCGACGAGAGUGGCGUUGUCUUGCGCUUCUCUUCCGUGGCCUACCCCCAGGCCAAUGGGCAGGCGGAGGCGGCUAACAAGAGCAUCUUGCAUGGACUCCAUACAAGGUUGCUAGAAGCCAAUGGGAGAUGGGUGGAAGAGCUCCCAUGCGUGCUAUGGGCGCAUAGGACGACGCAUAAGGUGGCGAUGGGGGAGACGCCGUUUGCCUUGACUUAUGGUAGCGAGGCAGUUAUCCCGGUGGAAGUGCGCUUUCCCACGUAUCGAGUGGCAGGGUAUGAAGAGUCGACCAAUGGUGAAGAGCGCGUACAUGACCUCGACAUGCUGGAGGAGCGCAGAGACGUCGCCUCCGUGCUCCUCAAGGCCAUGAAGCAACAGGUGGCCAAGUACUAUAAUUGUAAGAUGCGUCCCCAUCAGAUACGCCUGGGAAGCCUGGUGUUGCGACGCGACUUCCGACCAAAGGCUUGUGAAGGAAAGCUCGCUCCCAAGUGGAAGGGGCCGUAUCGUGUCCGGGAGGUGAUAGGGCAUACCACGUUCAAAUUGGAGCGCAUUGGGGGGAAGGCCGUCAAGCGAACAUGGAACGCACAGAACCUCACGGUGUACCACGAGAAGGAGGCGGGAGAGGUCUCGGAGCAACACGUCUGUAGCACAGGGUGUAAGGGGAAUUACUAUUACUACUCGCUCCUUGAUCUGGGAGUGCUAACGAGCCCUAAGUAAAGGGCUCGGUGGGCGCCUUCGUGUGCAGGGACGAGGCGCGCGGUAUGAGCAAGCUAGGGAAAUGAGGAGCGCGUGGACCAUCGGGGACGUCGGGUUACGUGGCAUAAACAAUUACAUACUCUUUACUUAUAAAAACCACCAGCUCACUAUGCGCUCAAUUUCUUUUCUUAAACGGACAUAUAAUGUAUCAAAUUUUAUGUUAUGACUGUUUUUUUAUCAAUAACUAUUUAUUGAGUAACUCGAGUUUCAAAAUCAAAGCUAAGAAAACAUUUUAUAUAAGGGGCGAAGCCAUGAUUUAGCAUUUUGGGGGCCGGAAUUUUCUUAAUAUAGUAGCAUAAAAUGCUAAAAAAAUACUAGUAAUCAAAAUAUCAUAAAAAACACUAAUAUUAUUUUAUUAAAAUGGAAAAAAAUAUUUUCAAAUUAAAUUCACUAUAAAUAAAAUAAUAAAAUUAAUAAUGCAUUUCAAUAUUGUGUGGCACAUCUGUUUGCAUAAUUACAAAACAAAUUUCUACCAAUAUUAGUGCGUAGAAAAAAUUAUUCAUUAAAUAUAAAAAUUAUCAUUAAAAUGAAACAAUUUAAUUGGA